AUGACAUCCUCAUCAACAUCCUCCUCACCUCCACCACCCGACCCUGACGAGUACCUAUUUCAAUCACACUCCCUAACGCCGCGACCACAUUCUCGGCCCAGCUCGUCCUCGUCCUCCGAAUCCCCCUCACCACCCCCUCUCCAACACAAUUUCUUCGCCCCCCCCUUCUACAACCGACCUCCUACACCUCUCCCCCCCUCCCCCUCACUAACCAGUCUCCUCCGACCCUCUCGCCCCACCACCCCCGAUUCCUCCGCCGAUGAACUCGAGCCGCCCGUCCCGCGGGCUUCCCCCAAAGUUCCAACCUACGAAUAUUACGGUUUCGUACUCUAUCUUUUCUCCUCUCUCACCUUCCUGCUCUACCUUCUCUGGUCCUACCUCCCAUCGCCCUUCCUACACGCGCUAGGAAUCUACUACUACCCCAAUCGCUGGUGGUCUCUCGCGUUACCGAGUUGGAUCGUUAUGCUCCUCGUAUAUAUUUAUGUUGCACUCGCGAGUUAUAAUACCGGAUAUCUUACUCUAGGUAUGAGUAAUGUGGAGACGAUUAUAGAUGGCGCUGCGAAUGUGUGUUUAGUUGAUGGGAGGGGAAUGGCGGGAGCGAGUCAUGCCAGUCAGGAGGAGAAUGCUAGAGAGAAAGAUAGGAAGAGAGGAAAGGAGAGGGAAAGGGCUACGGGCUAUACUGGAGGAGGGAAAGAGGCGGAUGUGAGGGCAUGGAAGAAAGUUUGGAGUCGAGGUACGGAUGCUGUCAUGGAUGUCCCAUUAGGUGGUGUAUGUGAAAUACUAUAUGGAGAUGGAAGGGAAGAUCGUGAGAUGGACGAUGAUGAUUAUUAUUGA